UAUAAAAAAAUCAAUCAGUUACAGCUAUACACGUGGAUUAUCGAUUUUAAAUUACAUCGGUGUUAUUCCUUAGUCAAAAUGACUACCCAAGCUAAAUGGAAAAUUGAGAAAAAUCGGAUUAUAAAUUUACCAUUAGCAGAAAAAAGGAAGUUGUACAGAACAAGUGAAUACAUAACAUUGGACGAUAUUUAUACUUGGACUAAACAUGCAAAAGAAAAUGAGCAUAUAAAAACCAAAAUUCGCACCCAAGAUGAUCUUAAUGAAUUGAAAAAGAUUAAAAUAAACCCCGAAAAGAAUGUUACACUUGCUGAAAAAGUGUCUAUUUUUAAAGGGGACAUUACAAAGUUGGAGAUUGAUGCUAUUGUAAAUGCUGCAAAUUCUCGUCUCAAAGCCGGUGGUGGAGUUGAUGGAGCUAUUCACCGUGGAGCGGGAUCAAUGUUACAGGUUAAAUAUUAAAUAUCAUAUCAUAUUAAAAUUAAAUUGGUACGACUUUCCAUUGACGUCCAACAUUUUUCUCAUUUGUGCAAGUAAGUGUAUUGAUAAAUAUUUAUAUGGAUUGAUAACUGUUUAUAAUCACAAAUAAUGGUUUAGUUCCAUUUUUGGUCUAUUUCAUUCAAUGAAAAUCUGAAUCUGCUUUUGUUGAUGCAGUGACAUCUGUGAUUUGUGCCUUUGCAUUUCUAGCGAGAGAGCCAUAGCUUUCUUACACCAAAUGAUGAUUCACCUAAUGUACUUUGUUUAGGAGCUGAUUUAAAAUUAAUAUUACUUUGUGAAAUGUAUGUAAGCUUUUUAGGAGGUAAAAUAAAAGGACCAAAAAAUUCAAGAAAUUCUGUUAAGCUGUACUGUAAGUUAUAAAAAAAACACGACUGUCAACUAGAGAGCCAGGCAGACUACUUCUAUUUAUCAUGAUCCUGGCACAACUUUCACACCUUUACAUCCAUAUACAUACCUACAUAUACAUGCUCAGUGAUAAAGGGUAUUUUUAGUUUGGUCCAUCUUUAUAUAGUAUAAAACAAAGAUGCUUCUUGCUAUCUGUAAGCUUAGAUGUUUUAAUGUCCACAACAGAUUUUGAAGCAGUUUUCAUCAAUUGACAGAUUGAUUCAAGAGGAAGCUUUAUAUAUAUAAUACAUGCAUAUUAUAAUUAUGUUAUAUUAUCUAAUUCUUAACAAAGAUCAUGUUUAAUGUCCAUGUCACACCUAUGCCGGUAGUUGUUGGGAACACUAAGCUCGAAGUUGUUGACGAGUAUGUUUACCUGGGACAAAUAGUCCGACUAGGUAAGUCCAACUUCGACCGAGAGGUCAAUCGACGGAUUCAACUCGGUUGGGCAGCGUUCGGGAAAUUACGGCACAUCUUCUCGUCAGGUAUACCUCAAAACUUGAAAACGAGACUGUACACCCAGUGCGUGUUGCCAGUGAUGACAUACGGAACUGAGACGUGGUCCUUCACUGCUGGCCGGAUGAGGAAGCUCAAGGUCGCUCAGCGAGCUAUGGAGAGGGCUAUGCUCGGAGUUUCUCUGCGUGAUAAACUCAGAAAUGAGGAUAUCCGCAGUAGAACCAGAGUGACCGACAUAGCCCAACGGAUUAGUAAGCUGAAGUGGCAAUGGGCCGGCCAUAUAGCUCGAAGAACCGACAACCGAUGGAGAAGAAAGGUUCUCGAGUGGCAGCCUCGUACCGGCAGGCGAAGUGUAGGGCGUCCCCCCACUAGAUGGAGUGACGACCUGGUAAGAUUUGCAGGAAGUCGAUGGAUGCAGGUGGCUCGGGACCGUGCUUUGUGGCGUUCUUUGGGGGAGGCCUAUGUUCAGCAGUGGACUUGUGAAGGGCUGUAAUAAUGAUGAUAAUGAUGAUCUAAUUCUUCUGUUCUUGUGUGUGUGACUAUACUCCUCCUAAAUGACUGUCCAGCCGUUUCAUCAAAAUCUCAUAUUUUGUGUGUAUUUAAGGUGAUUAGAGAAUGGUUUAGAAUCACAUUUGGAUCCGGUUGGUGGUGUUGAUGUUGAUAUCCAGAAAUCAACCGUCCAAAGCUGAGGCGGAUUGGUAGUCUUUAUUAUAUUAUCAAUUAUCAAUUUGGUCAAUAAACUUCCAUUUAUGACGUCCCUUGCUAGCACUGCCAUUCACUUCUGCAACAUAAAUUUGCUUUCUCACUCUUUCGUUAUUCAUUCUUUCUAUAUGACCAAACCACCAAAGCAUUCCAAGAUUAUAAAGCAUGCUGAAGCAUUGUUGUUUAUAAUAGUUAGUUAAAUCAUGUCAUGCAAACAUUGAUUCGAACUCCCCUACAAUUUAGGAUCAUAUUACCUGGUUAGAAAAAUUACAAUACAAACACGUACUAAUGUACAAUAUGGAUCCAUUUGCAAGAUGUUCUGGUUACUUUUCUCGCUGUUACCAUUUUGCUUUGCUUCUGAAAGUCUUAACUUGGAUUGGAUAUUUUGCAAAAUAAUUUUAUUGGAUCAGUUAUAAGCAUUGUUGCUUUUGUUACAGGAUGAGUGUAAUUCUCUGGGAGGAUGUCCCACAGGAGAGGCUAAAGUAACUAGUGCAUAUGAUUUGCCGGCUAAAUGUAAGUACCUAUAAAUAUAAAAUUUAUCACUAAUACUGGGAUGGCUAUUAUUUGCUUCCCUAUAGCAAAUUUAUUUGAAAAUAUAACUGAACAACUGUCAGACUAUUAUCUAGCAUCUAUCUCAUCAUCAUCGUCAUUACUGCCUGUCAAAGUCCCACUGUACCGUGAAGUGGCAGUGUAAGAAUAUAAAAUGCAUCAUAUUGUUUGCUGGGUAUCAUAAGAGGGUACAUAUGAAAAUCAGGUGAUGUGCAACAGUGUCUUAUAAAGUAACGAAACUAGUAAUGCACUUCGCCGAGGUACAACGUCCAUGGUUGCCGCGCACAAAAUGAACGUUCGUUGGCGGAUCGGCUGCCGCGCGCGGCUGCUUCGCUGUAGUUGAAUUGUACGCUAAAAUUGGCUCGCGAGCUAAAACAAGUUUGCCGCGGAUGAACAAUGCUCUCGCGGAAGUCGAUACACAGCUUAAUAACUACUAG